AUGGAGGGUUCAACGCUGACACAGAGGAGGGCUGAGUGUCAGUUGAAGGAAAGGGAGAUCCAGACAGACUACAUGAUGGAGCUGGGUGCCAGGUUGGCUCUGAUGUGGCAGAUCCAGAGGGAGCAGGAGAAGGAGAUGAAGAGGAUUUGGUUUGAGACGAGGAAAAUGCCAAGCCUGAUUGAGGAGAAUGUGAGAGAUGUGACCAACCGUCCACUCACUGAGUUCAUGGCUCACUGUAUUGACUCCCUCCCACCACUGGCUUUCACCAAUCGGAGGCCUAUACCAACCAUGUUGCAUCCCCCCUCUCCAUUGGCCAUACGCGCUCAGGAUGACAAGCGGUUCAUUGUAUUUUCAUACUUUGUCCCUGUUGAGUGCCCAGUUGCCACAGAGACCACUGCAGAUGUAUCUGCUGUCUUUGACAUUGACUACAAACUGCCAGGGGCGGCAGUAGAGGGAACCAACAAGUGUCCAGUUGCCAGUGAAACAACCAAUGAUGUGUCCACUCAACUCAAAGAGGACAUGGCAGCUGAUCAAAGCCCUCCUGACCCUGCAGCACUGCCUCCAAGCUCGCCAUGUAUCCGUGACUCUGAACACAAACUGACCAAGGAGGAAAAAGAGGACGCCACCGAGUCCUCCGUUGCCACAGAGAUGACUGUAGGCACAUCCAUUGUCCAGGGAGAGGACCUGGAUAAAAGCCCUGAUCCAAGGCUGCCUCCAAGCUUGUCACACAUUUUGGACAGUGACCAUAAGCAGCCAGAGGAGACGAAAGAGGGCGCCACUAAGUGCUCAGUCGCCGCUAAUAGCGAGGAUCCAUCGGCAGCUACAGGUCUUCCCUCAGUGCUGCCUUCAAGCCUGCAACUUGUCUUUGACAAUGACUACAAACGGCCAGAGGAUGCAGUAGAGGGUACCAGCAAGUGUCCAGUUGUCAGUGAAGCAGCCGCUUCCGUGUCCACUGUCCUCGAAGAGGAGUUUUUGGCUGAUAAAAGUCCUCCUGCACCUGCAGCUCUGCUUCUAAGGCUGCCCUGCACCCAGAACAUUGACCACAAACAGCCAGAGGAGACCGUUGAGAACACCACAGAGUGCUCAGUUGACACAGAGGCAAGUGCAGUUACAUCCACUGUCAAGAGAGAGGAACUGACCGGUGAUAAAAGCCCUGUCCUUGCACUUCCUCCAAGCCUGGCAUGCAUCCAUGACAAGGACCACAAGCAGCCAGAUCAGAAAGUGAAGGGCACUACUGAGGAGGUGGAUAUCUGCCCUCACGCUCACCAGCUGGUCUCAGAUGCUGACUUAACUGCAACCCGCAAUGAUGAGCUGCCCACCCCUCUGAUCUGCGUGGUCACUAAGACGCCUGUUAGAGUGGGAGCCUCCAUAUGCAGGUCAGAGGAUGAUGAUGAACCCAGGCCCUGGACCCUGGAAGAGGCAAUGGAUUGUUGGAUAAGACUUGAAAUUGAGAGUGAAGAGAGGAGCGUCAAGGAUGUGAGCCCGAGGGAGGGAUUGAAGAGUGAGGUGGACUGUGCCCAUUCCAAGUGCUCCAAUGGGAAGGUUUCAUCAGAGAGAGCAGAGACCAUCCUGGGAAGAGUGGGCUUUCUGGUCAUGAACCACAUGCAGAAAAUCCCGUGUUUGAAGAUGGAGGAAAAAGAGAAAAAUAAGAAACUGAAUAAGAAGUUGAAAGAUGACGAGAAAGAGAGAAAGGAGAUGAAACACAAGCAGGAGGAGCAAAAAAAGAGGGAGGAGAAAGACGAGCCCAGGCAGAGGAAGGAGGCGACAAGCUUUGGAAAACCGGUCCACAAUGACGAGAAUGGUGGUGUUCCCUGGGAGGGGGGAAGGUCAGUGACAAAGUCAACCGAAAGGUGA